AUGAUGCUCACCUGCCGCCACGCACCAACACCCGCUACCGCAGCUACCCACUUCGACAUACUAACUUUCUCCCUUGUGAUCAACAACAAACAAAACCGCCAGCCCACCUCUAUUUCUCUCUUAACAUCUAUUAUCCCGCCCGUCGCGAGAUGUAAGCUUAGGUCUAGACGGUGGUCAGGGCUAAAUAACGACAAUUACCUCGAUUGCCCGUCACGACACCUACUACUGGCGCUUGAUAUCCUCAUCAUGGCGAUUCUCUCCCGCUACCUGCCCUUCUCUGAGGCGACUUCGACCCUGCAAGCAGUGACGUACCUCCUCGGCAUCUCUCUCUUCUCCAUUUCCUUUCUUGUCUUUCUCAACAGCAGCAUAUCCUUUGUCGUUACCGACCUAAUUGGCGUCAAGGAUGGCGUCGGCGACAUUGUCGGCACUCUCGGCUUCGUCGACGAGCUCGUUGCGCUCAUCGCAUGUCCGGUCUGGGGAUUGGUCUCGGAUCGCCUCGGUGUGAGAUGGGUGGCCGUCAUCGGAUACGCCGUCAUUGGCGCGGCUUUGAUCCUGUUCGUGCAGGCGAAGAAUGUAUAUCCGCAACUGCUUCUGGCGCGCAUCUUCUUUGCCAUCGGUGCGACAGCCGCCGCCACCAUGGUCACGGCUAUCUUGCCCUCUCUGACGGAUGAUGGCAACGAUUCCGACAGCUCCGCCGACGUUGCGAACAAGCCAGCCCACAACCCCCGAAACAGCGUUGCUAUGUCACUCGAGUCUGACAUGACCAUUACUCCGGCACGGUUUCACAAUACCAGCGGAAACGGUCAGGCAGCGUCGGCAAGCGAGAGGGAAGAAGCGAAGGCCGGCAAGCCCUCGGCACUGGCGGGCUAUGUUGGACUAUUUACGGGAUGUGGCGCACUGGUUGCGCUCUCGUUAUUCCUCCCGCUCCCAGCUCGGUUCGGCGAGAUUGACGGUGUUACCUCCGCCGUUGCUGUCGCUGACAGUUUUUAUGUGGUCGGAGUAGUGGCAUUUGUUGUAGCAGUCUUUGUCUUCUUUGGGCUGAAAAACCUGAAGGGUGAGGAAGGUAAGGGCUGGGGCAUUCUUCUUGGGCUCAAGACCAAUUCGAGUUCGGAGGGCGACUCUGACGAGCAUGAAUCAAACCACCCGACACGGCCGAAAGUAUUGCCAUAUUUCCGUCUGUUGCGAGAUUCCGUCACACUCGGUUUCACGGAUUCUCAAAUCGCCCUUGGAUAUCUGGGCGGCUUCGUGGCCCGGGCUUCUACCGUUGCCAUCUCGCUUUUCAUACCUCUCUACAUCAACACAUACUACAUCAGUAACGGAUUCUGUCAUGGUUCUCCACAUGAUCCUUCUCCGGAAUUGAAGAAGGAGUGCCGGGCGGCCUAUCUUCUUUCAUCCAUUCUGACAGGCGUCGCCCAACUGUUCGGCUUGUUUGCCGCGCCAUUGUUUGGCUACUUUAACAGAAGACGCGGCCGCCUCAACUACCCGAUCCUCAUCGCGACCGCAUUCGGAAUCGUCGGCUACAUCUCCCUCCCUCAGCUACAGAGCCCGGAAUACAAGAAUGUCGAUGGCCGAGGUGGCAGCCCGGCCAUCUUCGCCAUUGUGAUUAUGCUUGGCAUUAGCCAGAUUGGCGCCAUUGUCUGCAGUUUGGGGUUCCUCGGCCGCGGCGUUCUUACCGCAGAUAUUCCCAAAUCACAGAUCAUUGACACCGUCGAGGACUCGACCGAGGCCAUGGAAGCUCCUGGCGAGUCUGCGCCGUUGCUGCAGCACAAUGCUAGUGUCGACGCCGUAUCCCGAGUGCGACUCAAGGGUUCCAUUGCUGGCAUGUAUUCUUGGUUUGGCGGAGCGGCAAUUCUACUGCUCACAAAGCUAGGCGGUUACAUGUUUGACGCGGUGUCGCACGGCGCGCCCUUCUAUAUGAUGGCAUCCUUUAACGCCAUCCUCUUCUUGGCCAGCUUGAGCAUUGACGCUGCUCGCUUUUACAAACACAAGCAGUAA